GUCUGAUCCGUCUCCACGGAGACCACCAAUGAGCUCCGAUGUUUGCACAGGUUUAUCUGCUCUUUUAUACUGGCGUUUUGCUGAACACUUGAGACAAGGACCCUAGAAAACAUAUGAUGACAAUGUGACAGAAGAUGGGUGAUUGGAAUUUAUUGGGGAGUAUAUUGGAAGAGGUCCACAUUCAUUCCACCAUCGUGGGGAAGAUCUGGCUCACCAUCCUCUUCAUUUUCCGGAUGCUUGUCCUCGGUGUCGCAGCCGAGGACGUCUGGGACGACGAGCAGAGCGAGUUCGUUUGCAACACCGAGCAACCGGGCUGCAAGAACGUCUGCUACGACCAGGCGUUCCCCAUCUCGCUCAUCCGCUACUGGGUCCUGCAGAUCAUCUUCGUGUCCUCUCCGUCCUUGGUUUACAUGGGGCAUGCCUUGUACCAUUUGAGGACCCUGGAAAAGGAGAGGCACAGAAAGAAAGCCUGUCUGAAAGCCGAGCUGGAGGGGAAGGACCCCGUCCAAGAGGACCACAAGAGAAUAGAGCGAGAGCUCAGAAAACUAGACGAACAGAAGAAAGUAAGGAAAGCUCCCCUCACAGGCUCCUUGUUGCGCACGUAUGUGUUCCAUAUCUUAACGAGAUCUGUGGUGGAGGUGGGCUUCAUUAUUGGUCAGUGCGCUCUGUACGGGAUCGGACUGUCUCCUCUGUACAAAUGUGAGCGCUUGCCUUGCCCCAACAGUGUUGAUUGUUUUGUGUCUCGGCCGACAGAGAAGAACAUUUUCAUGGUAUUCAUGCUGGUUAUAGCUGGGGUUUCUUUAUUCCUCAACCUGCUGGAGAUUUUCCACCUGGGGGUGAAGAAGAUCAAGCAGAGCUUGUACGGAUACAAAUAUGGAGACGAUGACAGCGUGUACAGGUCAAAGAAAAACUCGUCGGUGCAACAGGUCUGCGUGCUCACUAACUCCUCACCGCAGAGGUUGAUGCAGCUCACACAGAGGACCUGUCAUGCUGUGCCUGACGCUCAUUGGGAGCCUUUAAGUGUUGUCCCAGGGGCCCCUCAGAAUCAGGAGGGGUCGGCCAGCUCCCACCAGCGUCCCAGCCAAGCGGACAUCCAGGCUCUCCAUCAGCUGGGAGUGUUGGCGCGACGGCCUACUUUCGACAACGGGAUGCCGUCGAGCAGCAGCAACGAAUCAAACGGACUUCAAAGCUCAGGGCAGCCUCAGUACGCAGGACCAAGACCCACACUGAUGGGGGGCCACAUGGAGAUCCCAGCGUCCCUGAGGAUCCCGCAGAGGAAGCAGAGCAAAGUGAGUGUGUGCAAGGAGUUCAGUGACACGAGUGAUUCUCCAGAGAGCGGUCACUACCCCACAGCCAGGAAGUGCAGCUUCAUGUCUCGAGGAAUGUCCGAGGGGAAGCUGGCCUCUCCGUCUGACAGCACCGACUCUCAGAGCGGGACGGACGCAGAGACCCAGCACCUGAACCAGGGGGAGAGCCCGAUGAUCACUCCACCGCCUCCAUCCAGCGGGAGGAGGAUGUCUAUGAGCAUGAUCCUGGAGCUGUCUUCUAUCAUGAAAAAAUAAAAUGACAAAGACUGUUACAGGACGAGCGCUUACAGGCCGACAGGAUUUCUAGAGGGGCCGAUGGAUCUGCUUUCUUUUCAUAC